UGAUGAUCCAUACAUGACCGCCUAUAGGUUUGAGGCCCCCUUUCCAACAUGUCACACUGCUCUUUCCCCUCGUUCAGCGUCUCUAUCUCAACAAGUCACGAUCCAGUCAGCAUUGGAUGACAAAUUCAAAAUCGGCGACCUCUCAACUUGCGCUUUGGAGUGUUGUACGAAAACUUGGAAUCAGAUCUUUGGAAGCUUUUCGGAAUACCGACGCUAAUUCCGAAAAUCGGGUGGCCCCCUCCAGCUACUUAUUACAGCCGUGGCCGACUUCGAUUCCUCCCGCUAGUGAGAUUCACAACACCAAAAACAUCCCAGAAACCAUUCGAAACCUCAAGAGCGGGGCACUGUCGGUCGGGUCUGUUCGAGCACCUGUUGGUCCUCUCUCUUCUCUUUAUCUCUUGCUAAGCUCAGUACAGUAAAUAUCAUUCCGUUCCCCGCCUCCACCAAAGCUCAAAAUACUUUAUCAAACCUCUUUCCUUUUUCUUCAACGAAGAUUUCUCUCAACAAAGUAUAGCUGUACCGUCCGGUGUUGAAAGCAACUCCUUAUUCUGCUCGACAUCUACUGCGGAAAAUGGGCGACUGCUGCAAGACCGGUUUCCGCUGGACGGGCAAUCCUGAAGGCAAAGAGACCAAGAUCGCAGGUCUCGACACCUAUGUGUCUGGUUCGAACAAGGAUGCCGCCAUCCUCAUUGUCCACGACAUCUUUGGCUGGACAUUGACCAACCUUCGCGUGUUGGCGGACCACUAUGCCAAAGAGGCCGAUGCCACGGUGUAUCUGGUCGAUUUCUUCGGCGGUGAGAUCGUACCUCCAGAGAAUUUGGAAGAUCCUGAAAAGGCAAAGCACUUUGACGUCGGAGCCUUCCUCGGUCGCCACGGCAAGGACAAGAGAGGACCAGAGAUCUUUGCGGCGGCAAAGGCACUCAAGAACGAACUUGGUUAUAAGAAGGUUGGGGCUAUUGGGUUUUGCUAUGGAGGUUGGGCUGUCUUCCAACUCGGCGCCAAGGGCAACAACCUGGUAGACUGCAUCUCCACCGCUCACCCGUCGUUUCUCUUGACCUCCGAGAUCGACGCCGUGUCCGUGCCGGUCCAGAUCUUGUCCCCAGAGAAUGAUCCUCUGUACACCGAGGAUCUCAAGGCGUACUCGAACAAGGUCAUCCCGACGCUGGGCAUCGAGUACGACUACCAGUACUUUCCCGGCUUGGCCCACGGUUUCGCCACGAGGGGAGACCCUAACAACGACGUCCAGAAGAAGGGACUGGAGCGUGCCAAGAACGCCGUGGUUUACUGGUUCGCCCAACACUUGCAUUGAAGUGGACACUUGGAUGCGUGUGAGAAUGAAGGCAUCAUGUCUCGCGAUGCGGGCAGGGAAAAAGUAGAUUAGAAAUGGUAUAUAGUUCUGCACAGGAGGUACAUGGUACAUGAUCACAAUCCUCAUGAGUACCCUA